AUGAGUGAGUAUUGCAACCAUACUCUGUACCAGUUUUUCAGGGCAAAGGCCCUUAAGCUUGAGGCCAAACUUCGUCAUCGAGAAGAGGAAUUGAGCACCGAUGAGUCUCUCAUCUAUGCUAAAGAUAAAGAGAUUCAGGAUUUGAAGAAUAUAUUGAAAGGGAAAGAGCAACUGGGCGCUAAGAAAGAGCAGUUUCGACUGGAUUUGGCCCUCACUCGCAGCGAGUUGGAGGAAGCUCGUAAGGGCUCUUCGUCUAAUAGUCUUAUCACCCUUCGUGGGAAUCUUCUUGAGGCAACUGAACAUGCCUCUAGCUUGGCGGAAAAGGUAGAGCAGUUAGAAGGGGAUCUAAGUCAAGCUCGCUCUUCUCAUGAUCCUGAGGUUACCAAUUAUAUACAUCAGAUCGUUCAAGAGAGUGACGAUGCUAGGGCCGAAGCCCAUGCCCUUAGCAAUACCUUGAUUGCUUCUCGAGCAGACGUUGCUCAUAUGGUUGAGUCUGAGAGGAAUCUCGAGAUGAAUAUGUAUAGGCUUAAUAAAGGGAUAGAAAAAAUGAAUGAUAAAGUUAAUCACCUUCGUCACAAGGAUUCUAUGAAGCAGGUAGAGUUAGAUGAGAGUCGAUAUACUCUCUCAAAUCUUCAGUUGGAUUAUAAGAAAAUAUCCGAUGAGUUCGAUUUUCUCGCUGAAGGCCGCAACGCUGUUGUUUAUGAUUUAGAGACAUCUUCGGCUAGAGUCAGAGAGCUCGAGGGACAGCUUGUCGCUGCAAAUGCAAAGAUUGAAAAGGCUCAAUCUUCCCUAGUGCAGCAGGAGAGCCAGACAUCGUAUUACAAAGGUUUAGCUGGGUCUCGUGAUGAGGCGGCAAAGGAAGCAGCUAAGAAAGUGCCCAGUUGA